CUGAUCAGUGAUGGAGCCGCGCGUCUGAUCAAUACAUCAUCGGCCUCUCCCCUUUUCCGACCAACAAGUGGAUUAUGGCGUCCGGCUUGAGAGAGGAGAGGGGCGACUGCACCUGAAGAGCAUGGAGAGAAUGGGAAUGGAUACCAGUCCUUUACUGGCAGGGAUAUGUUUUUUCCUGCUGUCGCUCCAUGGCUUCAAAUCUUCCUUGGCGGCGACAAGCUUCUGUCCGGAGCGCUGCGACUGCCAGCAGCCUCAGCACCUCAUGUGCACCAACCGCGGGCUGCGCAGCGUGCCCAAACCAGGCACGCGUGCGCCCGAGGAGGUGCUUAUCUUCAGCCUCGGGGGAAACUUCAUCACCAACAUCUCUGCCUUCGACUUCACACGGUACAGUGACCUGGUGAGGUUAAACCUACAGUUCAAUCAAAUCCAAACGAUUCACCCUACGGCGUUUGAGAAACUCUCCAAGCUAGAGGAGCUGUAUUUGGGACAUAAUCUCUUAUCAAGUGUACCUGCCGGGAUUCUACAGCCCCUAAAGAAAUUAACUAUCCUCUACGGGAAUAAUAAUGAGAUUAAGAACAUUACACCGGAGCUCUUUGGCAAUUUGGAGAGUCUCGUUAAAUUGCGCCUGGAUGGCAACUCAAUAGAAGCACUGCAGGACUCUGUUUUUAAAAGUUUGAGCAGUCUGCAUUAUCUCCAUCUGGAAUCCAACCAGCUGCAGCACAUUCACAGAAACGCUUUCUCCAAACUCACCAACCUGCGCUUUCUAAACCUGGCGCGCAACAAGCAGUCAAACGUGCGUAAUGCCCUCACUUUUUCCCAACUCAGAGCCCUGACAACGCUGCUGCUGUCUGAGAAUGAAAUCCAAUACGUUGGAAACCACGUCUUUCAGAACCUGAAAAAGCUGUCCAAGCUGUCCCUGAGCAACAACAGGAUCUCUCGCCUGGACGGCGGGGCUCUGAAGGGGCUGUCUAGCCUCAGAGAGCUCCUGAUUGAUGGCAACGAGCUGGAGGAAAUCCCCGCCGGUCUCCUGGACCCUCUGGAGGGCAUUGAGGAGCUCGACUUCAGCCGCAACCGGAUCUCCAGCGUGAACCCUUUGUCUUUUUCUCAACUCCAACACCUAAAGGUGCUGAAGCUGAAGAGCAACUUCCUCACCAGUCUGUCAGGGGACAUUUUCGCCCUCAACAACGUGCUUUACGACCUGGAUCUCCAUGGCAACAACUGGACGUGCGACUGUCGCCUGGAGGAGUUGAAGAGAUGGAUGACUGCUGCGUACGCUCAGGGCAAAUUGUUGACUGUCUCUGUGCAGUGUCAUCACCCUGCAACUCUCAGGGGGAAAUAUCUGGACUAUGUGAACAGCUCCCAGCUGGAGCCCCUCGGAAACUGGACCAACUUGUGCAUGAGCCAAGGUGGGCCCGAGGAGAGCCGGGGAGGGGGUGUAGUGGUAAAAUUGGAGGGGAAAGAGAUUGCAGAUACAAUAAAACGGGAAGAGAGAGGUGGAGGAGGUCAGCUGGAGGAGACAGAAGGUGUAGGUUUAAGACAGGCGAACAGGGAUGGGGUAAUAGUGCCGAAAGAAGCUGACAAAUGGAAAAGAGGGGGACAGGAAGAGGUGGGGAUCCAGGGAGACCAGGGGGGUCCGGAGGUGGCAGAAACCUCCUCCUCACUGCAGAGAAAGAAACCAAAGGAGUCACCCGGUCCAAGGUCACGACCUGCCGGAGAGGCAGCCGUGAAACGUGCCAAAGGGAGACGAAGGUCCAACGUCAUUUCCAGAACGGAUCCACCGGCCAUUUCCACACCAGGUCACAGGAACGACUCUGAUUCAAACAGCACAACUUCUCCUGAGCAGUCAGGAGAGAAGUUUGAUCUUCUGAGGUCCGAUCAGAAGGAGGCUCUGCCCGUCAUCACCGAUCCAUGUGUGUUCAACCGCCAUUUUAUCACGAACGUCUCAGUGGAUCAUGUGACAUCCAGUACUGUCAGUGUGUUCUGGACCACAAGGGACCAUCUCCCCUACACACCAGGAGCUGGGCCGGGCCUGGAAGAAAUCCACUAUCGCAUUCUGUUCGACCGGUUCGGUGCUACAGAUCGUUUCCCCCGUUAUGUUUACGCCCGCGGCACAGCUCGCUCUGUAACCCUUCGAGAACUCAUCUCAGAUUUGACCUACAUCGUCUGCGUGGAAGGAGUGGUCAGCGGAUCUGUGUGCCAGGUCGCCCCUCGGGACCACUGCGCAGGGCUGGUGACUCUCCCCAAGGCGCUCGCACGGGACCGCACGCUGACCUCUGACCUCCAGCUGGUGACAGUGGCGACGCUGGCCGGGAACGCGGUUCUACUGCUGGUCAUCGGUGGGGUCUGGCUGGGGCGGUGCUUGAAGAGGAGGUUGCAAAGGAGGAAGUCGGCCGUGCACGUGCGCCACAUGUACUCCACCAGGCGGCCGUUCCGUCCCACUGCGGCCUCUGCCUCCGUGUCCGCCGACUUCACCUGCUACCAGAGCAGUCGUCCAGCCCGACUCGCACCACUGGAGGAGGGGGAUCUCAUUGAGUUCCCUUGUGAUCGCUUUAUGGACAGCAGCGGCGCUCGCAGGGACAGUGACAUGCAGAGAUUCUCUGACUAGAUCAAUACAAACUCGGUUGCAAUAUGCAAAUUGGUCUGUGCAACAAUCUUGAGUGUUUAAAAUGCAGAAAAUAUAAUUCCUCUCAGACGACGCAGUAUGUGUGCUUGUGGCUAUGAAUAAACCAAUUCAGUAAUCCCACAAUUUUUGAAUUUGGGUUUCUCACUGGAACCGCAAGACAACCGCUAAACAGCUGAACUCAUGAGGGCCUUCUCAGACGCCAGAGGAAGUCCAAUCCCUCCGACUUCCUCAUCCUGCUGCGUGCCUUUUUGUCCUCUUUCACUUCCUCACACCUGUGGCUUUUCCUGAAUUUGUUUUUGAGUGCAAGUGUGUGCGAGUGAAUGACGGGACCACUGAUUUCAACUAUGGUGCUAAUGUUGAGUUCAUAGAUAUCUUAAUGUGUCAUAUUUUUUACAGUAUGUAAUGAUGGCUGCUGGUUGGCAGGAGAGGAAAACACUUUGGUUUUGUGUCACAUCUAUCAUGUUUUAUACUUUUAUCUGAAAGUUUGUAUCGUUGUGCAUUACAUGAAGAAGUAAA